CGGCUGUUUUGGGAGCUGAAAACAGUAGAGAAAGAAAGAUUUUCCAGCAAGUUUUCCUGCAGAGCAGUUCCAGGUUUGUCAACGAUCCGAAUCCAACUAUUGUCUGAGUCUGCCUGAAAAUUGUUACGGAAAUAUGAAGUCUCAUCAAUUUUCAUUUUGACGGACGGAUUCUGGGUUCUAGAUUGUCUGAAAUCUGAUAGGUAUUGUUGCCAAAAUUACUAUUGAAAUCCGUAGCCAUGGCCAGGUCUUCUGCUCGUGCUGAAGAAUAUGAUGAUCAUCAGGAAAAAGAGAUAUCCCCUGAUGGUGUCACUUCUAAUAGCAUCCUAAAAAUGCUGUCAGAAAUUUCAGAGAAGUUGGAUGCUUUGAAAGAAACUCUAGCAAGUCAUAGUUUAAGCUCAACAAGACCAUCAAUAGAAUCGUCUGAUGUCGAGGGACAGAUGGAUGCUGUUAGAAGCAUAAUCGUCCCUAGAAAAUCAGACGAUGAGAUACUUCAAGAAUGCAUGGAUGGACUUAAUGCUAUUGAAUACAUGGAUCCGCAAUUAUAUGCAAAAGGAUUUAGGUUGCUGCAUUAUAGUGACACUUUCAAAAAGAUGUUCAUAUUGGUUCCCCAGCAAAGGAAAAGAGAUCUAAUUGAGCAUUACUGAUUCAACAAUCAAUCGUAUGUCCAGUCACCAUUUCUAGUUUAAUUUCGCACUUUCCGAUUUUUGGAUUGUUAUCUGGCUUUGUUCGCAUUUCCGAUUUCAUUGAAAGCAC